AUGGUCCUGAAUAGCGCGAGUCCCGACCUUCUCCGAUGGCUCAUGCUGAGAAUCGCGAACCCCGCGAGGCUCGUCGUUGCAACCGCUGCUGCUGUCAUCAUGUCCAACUUUCUCUCCCUGUUAGGGUGGUCCUUUCUGCCCAAUUUCGUGACCGGCUGGACGCAGACCAUCUACUACUCCAUCACCAUACGCGCCGGCGACCCGCGCCCGCAGCCCGGCUCGGCCAAGUACAUCACGCACCGCCGCAGGAUCCACUUCCUCGUCGUGUCCCUCUACCUCCUCUACACGCUCUACGAGGCCGACCACGAGCUGCGCCGCGACGGCAGCUUCUACUCGGACCUCGGCCUGUCGACGCUCGCCCCGGAAGACCGCGAGAUCAAGUCACGCUUCCGCCGUCUCGCCGCCGUCCACCACCCCGACAAGUCCUCCGACGCCGACGGCGCCUCGCGCUUCAUCCACCUCAAGCUCGCCUCGGACACGCUCCUCAACCCGGCGGCGCGCUUCGCCUACGACCGCUUCGGCCCCGAGGUCACCCAGUGGCAGCGCCUCAACACGGUGCGCGACUACCUCGCCCGCGGCGUCCUGCAGUCGCUGCUGCCGCACUACGCCGUCGCCGCCGCCGCCCUCUACGGCCUCGGCCUCCUCGGCUACCUCGACUGGGGCCGCUACUGGCGCUGGCUCCUCCUCGCCGCCCUCUGCCUCUUCGAGCUCACCAUCGUCACGCGGCCCCUGCCGCCCGCCUUCCUGACGGCCGCCAACGCCCUGACGUCCACCCUGACCACGCGCCAGCCCUUCCUGCCCUUCCAGCUCAUCGCCCUCGCCCGCAAGGCCAGCAUCACCCUCUACAUUGCCUUUAACCAGCUCGGGCCCCUCAUCGACGUCUUGCUCACCGGCGGCCCGCCGCCGCCCGACGACGACGCCGCCGCCCAGGAGAGCCUGCACCAGGGCCUCGAGCGCCUCGACGCCCUGGCCCACGGCCUCGACCACGACGCCGCCAAGCUGCUGUCCAUGGAGAUGGUGCCGUAUGCCGGCGACGCCGAGGCCCUCGGCUCCGUCCGCGCCAAGGUCAAGGACUGGCUGGUCCAGAACACGAUCCGCGCCGACCCCAUGGUCAAGGACGCCGUGGGCAACUCCAUCCGCAGGCGCCGCACCGACGCGCCCGCCGGUGCCAAGGGAACCAGGUAA